AGAAAUAUUUGCGGGUUGCAUAUGCCCAACACGUGCAUGAUGAUGAUGAGGCUGAUUGGGGUGGUGCUUGUGGUGAUGGUGGUGGCGCCUCAUCAUGGUGGCGCUCAAAUCGCUGCUAGUGAUGCGACUGAUGAGAGACCGCCGCUCGGCGUCCCGGGUCGCCAUCCAGCUCGUCAGCGA